UCCCUCAGCAGAUCCCAGCUCAGUCCGUCCACAGCAGCGGCACGGAUGAGCGCCGGGGACUAGGCGGCAACGCAACGACGCAUUUCACAGUGAUGGCCUCAGCUGCGCAGCUGUGCCGGUGAUCCUGCCGCUGCACGUAGGGAAGAAGCAGAAACGCCUUGACAACCGACCUACCUUCCUCUCUCUCAGAAAAAAAAACAAAAAAAAAACAGAGAGAGGAAAAAAAAAAUCACACCAGCAUAAACAAAUGCGACCAUGUACAGCGUGGAGGACCUCCUCAUCUCUCAUGGAUACAAGCUGCCCAAGCAUGCCACCUCCUCCACCCCUACCCCAACCCCUGCUCCCUCAUCCCACCAACCCCGUUCAUCAUCACCACCAUCCUACAGCAAGCACCAUGAAAUACUAGAGAACAGGUCUGGCCCCAGGACAGUAAAUGGCUAUGAAAGAGGGCCCGUGGUGGCCUAUGGGAAUGGCAGUGGAACCAGGCAGCCCCAAGUAUAUGAUGCUGGUGGCUGUCCCAACAACAAUGAGUCCAGGGAUAGGAGCCAGCCAAGACGGGAGGGUGAGAACCGGGGCCAGACUGACACUCACUCCUUGGGAGAGUCGCUGACCUCAGACAGCGGGUAAGCUACGGUCCAGUGAUGUGAAAUUUUCCGAGAUUUUCUUUUGCAUGCUCUGCAAUGAUUAUUUUUGUCCUGAAUGUUUAUCAUUUGUUAUUGUGGUUUCCUUGGAAGAGAUUUAUAAAUGACGUAACU